AUGUUCUCGCUUACAGCAUCAUCUCGUGAAUCUUCUGCGUUUGUCAUUACACUUGAUGAAUUCCAGCUUCCUCAUUCUGCUCCAAGAGUCCCCAAUUCAAUCAUUUAUACCCGAUUUCCUGGAAAACCAAAGGAAAAUAUCUAUAAGGAGGGUGAAUCCCAUUCUGAUUUAUUUUCUAAUUGGAGUCAAUCUCCUUCAAGACCCUAUGAUCCCCUUGGGGUUCGGGAUGUGAUGGCUCGAUUCUGCUUGAUGUUAACUAUGUCACCACUUGAUUUGGUGACACCCAAUUCUUUUGAUAACAAUUACUUCAAGAAUUUGAUACAAAAGAAGGGUCUUCUUCACUCUGACCAAGUUCUCUUUAGUGGCGGAUCCACCGACAAAAUUGUCUAUGAAUACAGCAAGAAUCCUUCUCUCUUUAACUCCGAUUUCGCAUCUGCCAUGAUUAAAAUGGGAAACAUUGAUGUUCUUACUGGUUCAUCUGGGGAGAUAAGGAAGAUAUGCAGCGCUGUUAACUAA